AAGUAUAUAACCUCCUAUUUCUUUGUUUCUAAACAUAAUAUGUUUGUUAAAAGCUCAAACUCGAAAAGAUAAUUUUUUUUUAUCUUUUUUUUUUUUGUAAUUUCAUUUAUUUAUCUUUUUGUCUUUGGUUUUCCUUUAUAUACAUGAAAAGUACCUACUCCUACACUCAUUCCACAUAGCUUUUAUAAUAUUUUAUUUUUGAAUUUAUAUAAAUUUCAGUUAAGAAUAGGAUUAGGAAUGAUGUAACAUUCCUUUUUCAGAGUUAGAAAUAAGUAUAUAACCUCCUCUUUCUUUGUUUCUAAACAUAAUAUGUUUGUUAAAAGCUCAAACUCGAGAAGAUAAUUUUUUUUUAUCUUUUUUUUUUAUUUAAUUUCAUUUAUUUAUCUUUUUGUCUUUGGUUUUCCUUUAUAUGCAUGAAAAGUACCUACUCCUACACUCAUUCCACAUAGCUUUUAUUGUUUAGAGCUUUUUCAACACUUUUAAUUACUUAAUUUUAUUUGAAACCACUUUUAAUUAAGUAAUAAAUUCCAAAAGAUUCUAUUGAACGACAUAAUCAUAAAGGUAGACCUCUCCCUCCAACAUUGGGUGGCUAAUCCUCUACACUCAAAACCAGCUCCUAUUCCAUCAUCACCAUAAAUCAACGGUCAGUAAUUUUUCUGAUCGAAAAAAGUUUCUUACUGAGUUUUAACACCCCUAUAAAUAUGUUUCAGUCUCUUCAUCUUCCUCUAUGUUAUUAUAUAAACUAUAUAUAUAUAUGUAUUAGUGUUUAUAUAUAAACUUGAGGUUUCAUAACGAACGAAGUAUGUUUUUUGAUUAAUAUACAAUAUAUUUAGUUGAAUUUUGUUUUAUCAACUUUCUCAGCAACCAAACAGAAGAAAGAAAGAGAAAGAGAAGCUGAUUCGUUUUUGAAAUUAAGUAAAGCGAUGGAAGUGAGUUGGUUUUUUGCAGAAUCGGUGAGUUUGUUGAAGAGCAGUGGUAGUGAUGAUCACCAUUCUUAUGUGAUUCCUUUGUUCGUGGUUCUUUUUCUUGCUUGCAUUGUCAUUGGUCAUUUGCUCGAAGGAAAUCGGUGGCUCAAUGAAUCUAUUUCUGCACUUACCAUCGGACUUUGUACUGGAUGUUUGAUACUGUAUACAACUGGAGGAAGAAGUUCACACUUAUUAGUAUUUAAUGGAGAGCUUUUCUUUAAUUUUCUUCUUCCACCAAUUAUUUUUAAUGCUGGGUUCCGGGUGAAGAAAAAGCAAUUUUUUCGUAAUUUCUUGACCAUAAUGCUAAAUGGAGCUGUUGGUACAAUCGUAUCAUCCGCCAUAAUCUCUUUAGGUUCUAUACACUUCUUUGGAAAAAUGAACGUGGGUCCUCUCAAAAUUGCAGAUUAUCUUGCCCUUGGAGCCAUAUUUUCUGCUACAGAUUCUGUUUGCACCUUGCAGGUGCUUAAUCAAGAUGAGACGCCCUUAUUAUACAGCCUAGUUUUUGGAGAAGGCGUAGUAAAUGAUGCCACGUCAGUGGUGCUUUUCAAUGCAAUCCAAAGCUUUGACCUCACUAAUAUAAAUACAGCCAUUGCCUUAAAGUUUAUUGAAAAUUUUAUGUAUUUAUUUGUAGCCAGUACAGUGCUGGGAGUAUUUGUUGGAUUACUAACCGCAUAUAUUAUCAAAAAGCUCUAUAUAGGCAGGCACUCUACUGAUCGUGAGAUUGCUCUUAUGAUACUCAUGCCUUAUCUAUCAUACAUGACAGCUCAACUAUUUGAUCUAAGUGCCAUCCUCACUGUAUUCUUCUGUGGAAUUGUUAUGUCUCAUUACGCAUGGCAUAACGUGACUGAAAGCUCAAGAGUGACAACCAAACAUAUUUUUGCUAUUCUAUCAUUUGCUGCAGAGAUAUUUAUCUUUGUGUAUGUUGGUAUAGAUGCCUUGGACAUAGAAAAAUGGAAAAUUGUAAGCGACAGUCCUGGGACAUCAAUUGGUGUGAGUUCAAUACUUUUGGGACUAAUUCUAGUUGGAAGAGCAGCCUUUGUUUUCCCCCUCUCUUUCUUAUCCAACUUAACUAAGGACUCUCCAGAUGACAAACUGGACUUCAAACAACAGAUUACCAUUUGGUGGUCAGGUCUUAUGCGUGGUGCUGUUUCUAUGGCACUAGCCUAUAAUCAGUUUACCAGAUCAGGCCACACUCAUUUGCGUGAGAAUGCAUUCAUGAUCACCAGUACCAUAAUAGUAGUUCUUUUCAGCACAGUGGUGUUUGGUUUGAUGACAAAACCAAUUGUGAAGAUUUUUCUCCAGUGUUCAAUACAUGAACCCUCCUCUCCUAGCUCAAAAUCUUUAGGAGUACCGCUGCUGGGCUAUGCUGUUGAUGAUCUAGAAGCCGACUAUCAAACUUCCAGUUUUAACAUACCUCGUCCCACCAGUUUAAGGAUGCUUCUAAGCAUACCAUCUCACACUGUCCACCGUUACUGGAGAAAAUUUGACAAUUCUUAUAUGCGUCCGAUUUUCGGUGGCCGUGGUUUUGUUCCUUUAUUCCCUGGUUCGCCUACUGAUCCUCAUUAAGUGUGUUCAGUGCAUUUCAUCAGUACAGUUUUACUCACCAACUCACAAGUUGAAGAAAUUUUCAAGAACAAAACAACUCUGAAUAGAAGAAAAGCACUAAUUUUUGGUUUGUGUAUAGAUGUUAAUAUAGGGUGGAGUGGGUAUAAUUCUAUACGAAAAAAGAGAAAGAAAAAGUUUUUGUUUGGAGUGAUGAUUUGUUUGAGUUUUUUGUUGUUAUUUUUGGUGUGUGAUAUAUAGUUUUGUGAGGAGUUAGUAGUCUUUCAUGUAUUUUUUUUUUAGUUUUGUGUUAUUGGUUUUGCAAAAGGUUGAUUGACAUAUAUUCUAAUAUGAGAGAAUGGAGAAUUUGACAUUUAAUUGAGAGGAUUAGCUUUUAGGAAUUUGACAUGUUAGUGUCAGUAAAGAAAAGAAGAUGACUACAAAGAGUAAUCAUUCAUGUCUUCCAAAAAGGAAGUGUAGGAAGAAAAUUAUUACUAAUUAAAAGUACAUAGUUAUGAAUUGCUACCAGUUCAUGCUUAAGCAUUUCUCUCUCUUUGUUGUUCAUCAUGAUUUAGUAAGUUCAGCCUGAGACAAAGAGAUUUUGAAGUAAUGACCAAACUAUUGUCAACUCUAUGUGACCACUCAAAUAAUUUUCUUCAGCAUUUCUCUUAAUUUUAACUUCAAUCAAUUACCAACUAACAAGAAUUAAAAUACUAGCACUUCCACUCCUUAAGGGCUCAUUUGGUACGCCGUAUAAGGGUCGUAUUGUAUUAAAUAAUAAAUAACACUA